AUGAUAAACUUUCUGGGUCAUUCCUGUUGUCCCUUCCACACCUCCAAUCCUUCUCUUUCUCUUUCUCUUCCUCUUCCUGUAUCCUUGUUAGAAAGAAAUAGUGUGAACCAAAAUAGAGAAAUCGAAACAAAAACUGGAACAGACCCUAGUGAUAGAUUACUCUCCGAUUCAUAUAAAAGUAUACAUAUCCCACUAUAUAUAUAUAUACUUACUCUACUGAAAGAAAAGAAAAGAAAAGAAAAGAAAAGAAAAGAAAAAAAUAAGAAUAUGCCACACCAAAUUACUGACAACUCCAACCCUUCUGAACAAAUCAAAAUUUGUGUCUUAGGUGCCGCAGGUGGUAUUGGUCAAUCCCUUUCUUUACUGUUGAAGACCCAGAUCCACUAUUUGUUGCCAUCCCAUACAAACAAGAGUAUAAACUUGUCUCUAUACGACAUCAACGAAGAAGUUAUCAACGGUGUGGCCACUGAUCUCUCUCACAUCGAUACCCCAAUAAACAUGUCCUGGUAUGCAGGACACUCCAUCGACAGGUGUCUACAAGACGCUAACAUUGUAGUGAUCCCCGCUGGGAUGCCAAGAAAACCGGGCAUGACAAGAGACGACUUGUUCAACAUCAAUGCAGGCAUCAUCAAGGGUCUAACCGACUCCAUCUACCAACACUGCGACCUCUCCAAAGUCUUCGUACUUGUCAUUUCAAAUCCAGUCAACUCGUUGGUCCCAGUCAUGCAUUACAGAUUCAAACAACUGCUAAAUGGCAAAACAGACACAGGUAUCGAAAGAAGAAUCUUUGGAAUCACUAAAUUGGAUAUCGUUCGUGCCUCUACGUUCUUAAAGAGCGAAUACGAGACAGCCACUGGUCAAAUCAGUUCAAACAUGCCAUUCGUCCCCGUCAUCGGUGGGCAUUCCGGUGAAACUAUCCUUCCUCUGUUCUCCCAAAACAACUGGUCGCAUGUCCUACCAAAUGAAGUCCUACAGCACUUGAUCUAUAGAGUCCAGUAUGGUGGUGACGAGGUUGUCAAGGCUAAGAACGGCAAGGGAUCAGCCACAUUGUCCAUGGCUCAUGCUGCAUUUAAAUGUGUUCAAGACUUUGUUAAUUUAAUACUCGGCAACGCUCAUGAAAUCGAUUCAAUCAAUUUUGCCACGUUACGCGAUUUCCAAGAGAGACCAAUCACUCAGGGAGCAGAGAAAUUGCUGAACCGCAUUGAAAAUACUGCCUUCUUUGCCAUCCCAAUGUCUAUCAACUUGCAAGGUACUAAUUCUGUAAACUACAACUUAUUAAACAAUUUAAACGCUCAUGAAACUAAUGAAUUAUUACCAUUAUGUCUAACUAAAUUAAAGAAGAACAUCGAAAGUGGUAAAGUCUUCAUUGAAUCUUCUGCAUAA